UGGAAGGAGCGCGUGCGGCGCGGUGUGCAGUCACUGAGCCGCCGAUCGGCAGGAACAUGCACGCAUUGUUCAAACGGCGGCUCCGCCUCCAGCAGUUCAAACUUUAACUGAAAAUACGAUGUUUCCUUUGAGAGGAGAAGCGACCUUCUUCUGGAGCGACUCUGACAGCGGCUCGCCGCGGCUCUGACAGCCGCUCACCGAGGCUCUGGCAGCCGCUCACAGGCGGCUUCAUCAGAUUUUCCAGUAACAGUCCCUCAAGGACAGAUGACAGAGCAGAUCCAGCCUCCGCUUCCUUCCAGCACUUUGUGGUAAUGCUGAUAUGUGCUGAUUCAAAUCUCCAAGUGUUGUUUGAGUAAAAUGGAGUCUCAAAGAGGGCCGAGCAGCAGAUGACAGACCUGAAAGGAGUCAGUGAUGGAGGAUCUGCCAGUGAAAAGUGGAGGAACUGGUACAACAGGCGAUCAAGAGGAGGAUUCUCCUUUGUAGGAUGGUCAGAGACAAUCUUAACAGAACAAUAGUACAGAGCCAGAAACAGAACUGCACAGCUGAGACACAGAGCCAAAGUCAACCCCCUGAGGAACCUGCAGGGCCCGAACGAGCCCAGAGCCCAGAGAGCGUGAACCCAGAGAGCCAAGAGCCGACAGACCGGCAGCUAGAUUUACUGUUCUGGAGCAAAUUCGACUUAGAGGAAGAGCCUGAAACCUGGUGCCAGCCAGUGACCGGAGCUGAUGCUGAGAGCUUUCCCACACACCUCCGUCCAUUCAGCAGCGCGGCAGAGUAUAAACUAGUGAAGCACACUUACCGGCAUCUCCAACACAGUGGUUACUACUGGGGAUCAAUGACCAUGGAGGCGGCACACGAAAUACUCGCGCAUGCACCGCAGGGCACCUUCCUCAUUAGAGACAGCGGCCAGCCGGACGUCUUCUUCACUCUGAGUUACCAAAGCGACGACGGCCCGACCAGCGUGCGCGUCCAGCUGAACAACCUGCUCUUCAGUCUGCACGGCAGCCACAGGACUUUUCCCUCACUCUUCGCUCUGCUCACGUAUUACACCAGCUCCUCCUGUAAGCUGACAGUUCCCUAUCGCAAGCAGCGUCCGGAGUGCCUGAAGCAGAUGUGCAGGAGGGCUCUUGUAUGCACAUAUGGAGCAGAAAAUAUUAACACCUUACCUGGACUCAGCAUUCAAAUUAAAGACUAUGUUCAUGUGUACCCUUAUUGUAUAUAGACACGUGUGUGGCCAGAGCCGAGAUGUUGAUUAUGUUAUUAUGAGUCAUGUUUGGUAUCUGUGUUAUUAUAGAGACACAUUUUUGUUAUAAAUAAUAUAGAUUCAGCUUGAGUAUUCAAUUUGCAUGUUGUUCAAGGGUUAUUUGCGCACAAAAAAAUGGUACAUGUAGAAAUCAGCGUGUUAUCUACAUACUGUAUCCAAGAAGUGUUUUCAUCAAAUCCUGUGUAACUGCUAUACCACUGCUGCCAUGAUACUUACCAGUUAAAACCUCCAUAAAAAUGUCAAAUUUGCUGCUCUUUAAAGCUGCAUUAAUUGAUAUUUGUCCACUAGAGGGCAGAAAUAUGUCAAAAGGACCUGGCAUAGACCAGUUUAUAAUGUUAUGGCUAAAAUAUUAGCGAACAGCUAGUUGUUUCUGGCCACAUUAUGAAUGAAAGUCUGAUAUUCUCCCCUCGUUGUUGACUGGAAGCCACAAGCGGCCACGGUUGCAAUUGUGCCUGGGUUAAUUAUCUUGUCAUCUCAGAACAAAAGAGUUGUUUUCUGGUAAUAAUGGGCUCAUUAUCUCGUUAUCUUGAGACAACAAUAGGUAGUUUCUCUCAAUAAUGGGACGAAUGUCUAAUUUUCAUGAGAAAGCAACAGAUUGUUUUCUUCAGAUAAGUUGGCGAUGAAAUGAAGAAGCCUGAUGUUAAAUGAGGGUAUCAGGAGAAAAUUACCUUUUGUUUUUGCAAAGUAAUUAUAAUGAGAAAGCGACUUUGUUAUCACAAGAUAACGAGACAACCACAACAACACCUGUGACUUUGCUAGAUUUUGAACUUUCUUCACCAGCUCGAGAGUCACUUUUUGGUCUUUUUGCCUCCUGCCUUCCUGACUGCCGCGUGGGGGGGUCAAUGAGAGCAGCUGAGACUCGGAGAGUUGGUGAUUAUUCUCUGUGGGUUUCGUCAAUAAGAGCCCUUUCGCAUAACAUGUAGCCAUGCGAUUCAGCUGUGAUGUAGAAAUAUUAAUGCAGUUUUAACUAUUCAUCAACACUUGAAAUCAUUUGCAUGUGUAGUUAUUGUCUUCAGUCCUAUGAAACAGUUGUCUAAGAGUUUGAUGUAAUGCUUUAUCCAGCACUUUCACUGAUGAUCAGAUAUCUGAAGAUAAUGGCAUUCCCAUCAGCCUCAGAUGCUAACAUGCUACAAUAAGAUGGCGACCUUAAACAUCAGUGUGCUAACAUUAUCGCCAUGUCAGCAUGCUGGCCUUAGCAUUUAGCACAAGUACAACCUCACAGAGCUGUCGACUCUUCAGGUCCAGACUUUGGGACUUUUCUCCCCACACCAUGGUCCAGACCAGACAGCCAAACAUUCGUUUGGAGUUGGUGCUGCUGGUUGUAAUGCCAUAAUCUGUUCAUUUAUUUUUCUCCAUUAAAGUGAAACAAUGAAAACAGACUCCCUUCUGAAUUGACAACAUGAUGUCAGGUGGCCACCCAUCCACAAACAAAUCAAUGUCUAGUUUAGAGAGACGCAGCACACAUGAUGAUGAGAUGAUGACGACAAGACGUACGUAUGUCAAAAGCAUGUACAUUGGUUCAGACCUUCAAGUUUUUAAAGCACCCUUAGUCUUGCUGUAAUAUGCAAAUGUCCCAAUUUCAUGCUACGUACUAACUGUAUAAAGCACAACAUACUUACCUUUAAAGUGGCCUGUUUUUGUCAUUUAUGUACAAGAAAUAAACAUUGUUUUUCAUUA